AUGUUGUCAGAUGUUUGUCCAGUUAUUCACCGUGGGGGACCUAUUUCAACUAAAAUAUUUGAUACCAUUUGUGAAAUACAAAAUUCUCGAAAUCUUGACAGCAACAUUAUCUACAGAUUUAGAUCAUUAUUUGAAGAAAGUGGUAAACUCGAGGAUAUUAAUGAGGAAAAAAACGUGUAUAAUUAUAGUACUGAUGAUGGAAAACUAGGAAAAGCGGCUAUUGAUAAUAUGAAGACCGCAUUUCACAGCCUAAAACUCGUUCUUAUGCCAUUUUUAGGGGUAACCCCGGAAAAGUUUGACGAAAUGGUUGAAGCAUGCGAUAAAGAGUUCGAAGAUAAUAAAAGCUAUCACGAAAUCGGCCGUAUUUAUGGGCGUAAGAAGGAAAAUGUUUGA